GCUGGCGGAUUGCGGAUUGGUGCGCCGGUGAGCUCCUCGACAGCAACUGGGCCUGGUCGUGUGGCAGAGUUUAGGCGCAAGUUUGAACCUACCGAUGCACCGAGCAAGGCCGCAUCCGGGCCCGUAUCAGCGUUUGCUAAUCCCGUGGUGACCAUGCGACCCGGGUACGCUGGUGCUGCGCAAAAUACUACAAAGCUGUUGCCUCUUCGUAUUCCUCUUCAGCUUCGUCCUCCUUAUCUUCGUCAUCGGCAGUGGAGCUCCCUGUGAAGCGCGUGCCGAUGACGGCCGCAGCGAAAUCGCAAAUUGGAAAGAUUCCGAGUUCCAAGAUUGUUGGUGCUGGACAAAAGUCAUCGACAGUGGCGAUGCGCGAGGCGGCACGUAAGGCUGAGGCAGCGCGGAUAAAUGCUUCUGCUGCUACCAAACACCAAGUGGCCCCGGCGGCGAACGAGCAGCCCUUGUUCAAGUCUGUUGCGCGGCCAGGCCCGAAUAUGUCGCGGCCGUCUAGCCAGUCUAGUUUGCGCUCGCAAACGUCUGAUCGUCGUUCUCGCCCAACUCCCCUGCCUAUUGUGAGCAGCAGCAAUGGCGGUACCAGCGGCAGUGCCGCCACUGCUAUUACAAUGUCCUCUAAGGGUAAGGCGCCUGUUCGCUCGAAUGCCGGGUCGAGAUCGAGUGGUGGGAGCAUUUGGCUGAGAGUGUCAAGACGGAUUCGGUGGAUUCGGGCAGAUGGGGUCUUUCGUCAGUCAUAUCGAUGCUGUCGCCGUCCAGCUGGAAGUCUCAGACCAACUUGGUUCAACCCACUGCCGCAGCUUCCGCUGCUGCUUCCGCUGCUGAUCCUGAGACACCAACGGUUAACCCAGUGGCCAAGAAGAAGACACUUAUUGCUAGUCCCUAUGACGUCAACAGUCCCCAGACACCGUAUCAGCCUCGGCCGGAGCAUGGCGGUGGGAACCGGGCACAGCUAGUCAUGCCCACGUACAAGGACAUGGCGGUACCCUUGCGCCGCACCAGUGAUAGUCGGUCUUCAUCUGGCUCGUCGGUAGGGACUUUUGAGGACAACAAUAUGUCUUCAUCUGCAGCGGCAGGGGCUAAGCGGCCAUCUCAGCUGG